AUGAACAUCACCACGAAGACGGGAUUGAUCGCUUCCCCGCGGAAGCGCAUCGUGCGUCCGAAGAAGGAGUUCGAUCCCGCCAUACUGGCCCCGUGUGCCAUUACGCGCCAGGUGCCGUUGGCAUUGCGACCCUUCGGCGGUUUGUACAACCCCUACUCGAAAGGCUGCUCGGUGCUGUGCAAUCAUCCGGCGGCGCAGGAGGUGAAAAAUGUGGUCCGACUGGCAAAGGACGCCUGGAUCACGGAGGCCAAGGUGGCUAAUUUGCACGGGCAUGGUGGGCCGGCGGGCGCGGCCACAGCGGCGAUGAUGGAUCGUACCGGUGCGGCACUGGUCGAUGCGGACGGCAAGGCGCUGCCGGGUGACAGCACCGAACUACCGGACCACGUGCCGGAGGAAUUUUUUCGGCGCUACACGGACACGGAUUCGAGACCGCUGACGCCGACACCGACGGUGGCCAGCGGUCGAACGCGUGCCAGUGUGGGCGGUUCGCAUCUGGCGCGCCGGUGCGUCACGCCGGAACCGCAGACCGCCAACGGGCAGGAGCGGAAACAGCUGAUACUGGACCUGCGCCGCAGCCACAGCCAGGAGACGCUCUACUGGAACGCGUCUUCCGAGCUGAGCCCGAGCCAGCUGCAUGACGGUGGUGGUGGUGGUGGUGGUGGAGGCGGUGUUGGUGGCUUAGCGCUCGGGUACGGCGGUACCGGCGAGCGGGGAACCGGUCCUACCGGGCCCGGCGGCGGCGGCGUUGGAGCAGGUGGUGGGCCCGCGGCCCAGUCGGCCGUCGCGGACGAUACCGGACGUACCGCGGGGAUUGGCGGCGCGGAGGACAUGAAGCUGCGUGGCGAAUCCGAUACCGAGCCCGGAUCUGGCCGGGCGCCGCCACAACCGAUGACCUGUAUCAACGCGAUGGACGAUGGGGAAGAGGACCCACCGAGGCGGCGCGGUAAGCGGCGCAAAAAGUCCAAACAGCUGACGCAAACGAUCAGCUUCGUGCCGAACCAGGAUCCGGAAACGCAGAUCGCCAAAAUUGAUCCGGACUCGCCGAACUACUCGGCCCGGCCGUCGCUAGUGCCGACGGGGAAGAACCUGCUCUGCCUAGCGCAGGACCUAACACCUCCGGCCGGUUUCGGUGCGGGUGCCAAUCAGGACGGGGUGGGGCAGCCAGCCGAGGAGGAUUGUUUCCUGGACGAUGAAUCGCUGGGGUUGCUACGCCGGGGUCUGAACAUUGACAUCGUCGAGAUGAUCUUUGAGCGCUAUAAAGGGCGCGCCAUCCGGGAAGCGUUUCGUACAGCAACGAUGGACCGGCUAAACUUUCAAACCGAAGCCGUAAGGACUCUGCAGCGAUCAGCCAAACAGCUCAGUGACGUUGACUACGAGAAGUGGAUCGAUCUGCCCCGGAAGUACUCUAGAUCUUCAGCGCGUUUCGAGCUGCCUAUCGAUACCCGGAAGUUGACCCGUAUGACCCCGAUAGAGUACCUGCACGAUUACGUUGUGCUGAGUGAUGAUCGGAAGCAACUGUACCAUCGGAUCUUUGCGCGUAAUCUACCCCGAGAGGAACCGAAAGCGUCCGGUGUGCUGGAAAGCAUUGACAGUGACUCACUGCCCGAAACGGAAACGGGACCGAUCGAGGUAGAUAGCACGCGGAAUCUGUUGGCGGACGUCACCAGAUACAUACCGAUGAAUUGUUUCGACAAAGCGCUCCACGAGGCACUGGGAUUUCACGGUACGCCGGAACGGAUUGCGGCUAUUCGGGAGUUGCUGGAGCUGAAUUAUGAUCCGUUCCACGAGCUGCAGAUAGACUUUAGGACGUGGUGUGGCAUUGUUGCGUUUUCGGAACGGUUUAUCAAUACGCUUGACCGUGAGCUAGAUCCUUGCGACGAGGUAUUGCAGGGUAUCGAUUGCUUCUGGAGCGUUGUGAUAAUUAUCGUCUACUGUUUUUCAUUUUCUUCCAUUUUCAGCUGGAAAUGGUUGAUUUCGAGUCGCUGGAGAGACGAGUUCGGUGGGCUCGACCAUCGGAAAGCCUCUGUCAAGUCCUGCAAAUCAUCAAAUACCAAUAAUACCUCCGGGGCUCUGGGCUGGAUUUCCGACGCCAGUUGUGUUUACACAAUCGUUUAA